GAGUUUCUCAAACACCGCGAACUAAUGAAGAAGCGUUUCCCAGAGGGUUGGAACCCUCCACGAAAACUUUCUCGCGAAGCAAUGGAAGGAGUACGCGCACUCCACCAACACGACCCAAAAACGUUCUCAACGCCCGUCCUCGCCGAGCGAUUUCGUAUUAGUCCGGAAGCUGUGAGGAGAAUAUUAAAGAGCAAGUGGACGCCGAGUAAGGAGGAG